CAAUGGCUUGAUUGAUGACCGGCUGGCCCUCAACCUACCACAACAACAACUACUUACCAUACUAGGCUGCAUAUAUAUAUAUAUAUAUAUAUCAAGGCCACCGAGAUCAUGACCGUCUAGUAGCAGCACCAAUUGCACUUUUCAGAAUUGCCGCCGCAAUGCUACUCCAAUAUCUUUUCUUCCUUCUCACCCUCUCCUUCGCUACCGCCAAUGUCGAGAAAACGAUCUUCAUCGCUCCGCAACCCCUCACCAUUCCCACUGCCGAUCCGACCCUGGAUGACUUAGGUCUGGAACGCCUCUCUUGGUCCAGCCCCAUACUCCGAACGAGAAUAAAUGCUACAUUCCCUACCAAUGAAUCCCCGGGUACGGACUCAUGGUACUUCCUCGAGAACUUGAACCCAGGCCAACGUUAUGAAGUGCGCGUGUGUUGGCUGGCUACUCAACCGACAGCUUUUACUUUGACGACGCAUACCCUUCUGCAAACCAUUGAGGAUCCUACACUCCUCUCCUCUAUCAGCCUCUAUUCUCAAGCUCAUCUCGACUCGCCUCAAGCCAAUGCCGCUCCUCGCAAGUCAUCCUCAUUUCAUGAUCAAGCACCUACGUCUGACUCGGUGCUUUUCCUUCGUAUUACUGCUGCGGCAGACUAUUUCUCUCUCAACAAGACACUGAUGGAAAAUGUUCCGCCCGUCGCUGCGGACGUCAUUCUCGAUCCAUUUAUAUGGAAUAUUUUCCCGCAGUCGCUAGUACCGACGGCGUGUUAUAUAUGUAUUGUGGGAUGCUUAGCGGUUGUAAUUGCGUGGUGGGUUUUGGGGGAGCUGGAGAGGGUGGCUGUUUAUAUGGGCUCAAGAAACCUUCGGGAUGGUAAGAAGGAUAAGUAAUAUAUUAUGGUAUAGACAUAUGUCUUCAUUCGCUUGCAGCCUCCCUGGAAGGGCAAGAGCAUAAUGUAUCAAUAUCAUCAAGCACGGUUUAUGUAAACUCUUCAAUAUCAAAAAUCUCAUCUAACCUCGUCUAAAAACGUUACUUUGCAGGACAGGGGGUCAACAUCACAUACAUUCACACCACACAAAAUCA